CUUGGCCAGGCGGCCGUGACAUUUUUGUAAAGGUAAUGAUGACUUGAUCGUCCCAAUCUGGGUUAGUAGCACGCUGUCGGCACUCAUAAAUUUCAUUUUACAGCGUCGUCCGUUUUCAGAACCGUUUCCGUGGGCCGUGCUUGUGCUUCUCCAGCAAGUAAACAAGCAUGAAUGCCAUUUCCAGACAACGACAUGCUGAUACCGCGACGCUACCAGUCGGUUCGGACUCGUCGGGUACACCCUUCUCUUUAACAGCAAACCUUCUGCGUUUCUUCAGCCACGUCCAUUAUGAAAAUUUGGCUGCGGGUCUGAGCGGGGGAGUGAUAUCCACAAUGGUGCUACACCCUCUUGAUCUGGUGAAAAUACGCUUUGCAGUGAGUGACGGGCUGACUAUGCGACCGCAGUAUGAUGGCAUGGUUCACUGCAUGAAAAGCAUCUGGCAACUGGAGGGGAUCCGUGGCCUCUACCAAGGAGUGACCCCAAACAUUUGGGGUGCGGGGGCGUCUUGGGGACUCUAUUUUCUUUUUUACAAUGCCAUAAAGGCCUACACUCAGGAGAGCAGACAGACAGAGCUGAGUGCAGUGGAGCACUUGGUGUCAGCUGCUGAGGCAGGGAUACUGACGCUUUGCCUUACCAACCCGGUCUGGGUGACAAAGACCAGGCUGGUGCUGCAGUACAAUGCAGACCCGUCCUCGAAGCAGUACAAAGGAAUGCUGGACGCCCUCGUGAAAAUAUACCGUCACGAGGGCAUCCCAGGAUUAUACAGGGGGUUUGUUCCGGGGCUGGUGGGAACUUCCCAUGCUGCACUGCAGUUCAUGACCUAUGAGGGGUUGAAGAGGGACUGUAACAAGUAUAAGAAGAUGCCUUCAGAGGCUCUGCUGACACCGUUGGAGUACAUUGCCAUGGCAGCCAUUUCCAAAAUAUUUGCGGUUGCAGCGACUUACCCUUACCAGGUGGUCCGAGCACGAUUGCAGGACCAGCACAAUAGCUACAAUGGCAUUGCAGACGUGAUAAUGAGGACGUGGAGGAAUGAAGGAUUUGAAGGCUUUUACAAAGGCAUGGUCCCGAAUCUGGUACGAGUCAUUCCAGCCUGCUGCAUCACCUUCCUGGUGUAUGAAAACGUGUCUCGUCUGCUAUUGGGCCAGUACCAGUGACCCUUCAGCUCCAGCACUAACCAAUCAGGACAUGGACCAAUAGGAUGUGACGUGUGUUGGAGGGAGCUGUCAGGAGACACUUCCUGUGGAGAACUCAAAAGAUUGUACAGAUGAAAGACCAGGGGCAUUGGCUUUCCCGAGAAUAUAAACAGCAGAAUCUUCUAGAAUGAACUGAAUCUGCUAUGGUGCUUUAGCAUAGCUAAGGGAAACAGUUAAUUGAAGGGAGACAAGUUGAGAUAGCAACACGGUCCGCUGUGUCUCCCUCUCUGAUCUGUGAUUAGAGUAGCACAAAGUGUGUGAUGUUUUAGCGUUCGAAUGUGAACAAUUGUGGAGAUAAUUAGACGAUCGGGAUGUGGAAUAAUGCUAAAGCCAUAACGACGAGAUACCAUCUUCAACUCAUUUACCUGCACAAUUCCACUUACCUGUCAUGUCAGCUCCGUUUUUCUUAAUUGCAAAUAUUCUUGUCCCUGUUUGUCUUUUUAUACUAUGACUUGGAGUCAAAUCGCCCAGUCGCCAGGUUACUGUGAAUUUCAGUUGGUCUUAAAUCGAUUUCGAAAGUAUGUUGAAAGUCAUUGACAAGUUAAGCAGGGGUUCUUCCUCGCUCUUACGCUUGAGAACCCAGUUUGGUGAUGAAAUGUUUUAAAAGAAAGAAACAGGAAGUAAGAAGAAAUAAUGAUUUGUGUGGCGCUUUUCUGUAUGGAUGUGGUCAUUUGAGUCUAUGUAUACGUUUAAUCUAUUACGGGUCAGAGUGAAAAAGGGACCGUAACCUGAUGGAGAAUCACUUGCGUCUGCUAUAACUGAACUCUUCAGCCACAAAUGGGCGAACUCAUUCAACCCUCACACUGUACUGAAAGCAGUGACAUCAGUGAAUUUCCACUGCUGGGACUCUGAAGCCCAGCCAAAGCUUUCGAAGGAAUGACGCACAGCUCAACGCAAAUAUCAGACAGGAAAAAGAGGAACUCUUUUGCUGCUAUGAGAACUAGCACUUAGAAAAGCUUUUUGUGUGAUUUAAAUGUCAGUGAAUAUUGUCAAAUAAAGCAAAAGAUACUAUUUUAAAAGUCCAGAAAUGUGGAUUGAAUUAUACUGUGAUCUAUAUGAAUAACAUUGAGACAAUUAAACAUCAUAGAGGCAUUCUAUACACACUGUACAGAAAGUUCUAGAAUAUUUAAUGCUCUGUAAGCUACAUUUUCGUACAAACAUACUGUAUCAUAGCUAUGUGUACGUUGCACAGUGCAGCUGGAUUUGGAUUCUAUUUCCUUCCUGAAUGUUAGCGCUGUUUUGCUCACUGCUGUGUGUUUAGCUGAUGGAAAAUGUAUCCCAGUGUAAGAUCUAUCAUAUAACCCAGCAUCUCCAGUUUUCCAGAUGUAUUACACUUGGUUAGAUGCAUAUGCAACUUUAUACACUUUCAGCGUAUAGUGUGUGUGUGUGUGUGUGUACUACCAUCUUAGGAUACAACACUCUCGCGUGUGUGUGUAAAUAGAUAUGUGAGAGCCAUAUUGGUUCAUCUAUCAGAGUUUGUCUUGUUUGUGCCUGAUGUGUGUUGACCAAUUUGAGGCUCAG